GACGAGAUAAGACAAGAGUCAAGAGAGAAAAAAACGAGGCUAAGAUGGAAUGGAUGGUCUGUUCGAAUUCCGUUUCAGUCUCGCCGUACCUUAGCUUGUCAGUGCUAAAUGCUGAUCUGCAGUGCUACAAGCUGGAUUCCAUGACAACAUACGACCUUGGACGAGGACGAAAAAGGUCACACUGACAAGAAAAUACGAUGAUGGAAUUAGUGGGCCUCGCAUCCGUAGGCAGCCUGUUACCAGACUACCCAGUGCUAGGCCAAGUAGGGGGAUUUCGUUUAGUCUGUAAACAGCUAAGAGGAGAUGGAUUGUGUGUCGUGUCUGUCUUUCAUGUGAUGCCAUUAGUCCGGGAAGAACAGAGAGAAAGGGUGAAACGAAGACAAGAUGAUGAUGAUCAGAUAACCUCAUUAUUGACCGUCCUUGCUGAACAAGAGCAAGGGAGAAACUCUCCAGCUGGGCUUUACCAGGAAAUUAACUAGGAAGUUAAUACAAACUCCUUGAUCACCCGUCGCUGUCAGUGUCAGACUGACUUUCUACCCCAUAUUCGCCUGUCGAAGCUUAAUGAUCUCCAAACUCUGAUAUUAUUACUAUUAUUUUUAUGAUGAUGACGGUGAUGAUAAUUAUUGUCUCUGGAUGUACGUAAGAACAGAACUCUGUUUGGUGGGACUCGUUGCUUAAGAUUCUGUGCAGGGGAUGUGUGACUAUUUGUAUUUUCCGAGCGAUUGAAAAGUUUAUAUGAGAUGGAGAAAACUAU